AUGAGAACUGCAGAACUUAUUGCUCUCUUGCGGAGUCAUGACCGUAACAAGCCUAAUGUUCGAGAGCAUCUCGCCAUGCUCGACCAUACUCGACAGCUCCACCUCCUAGGAGAACUCUCAAACUGGCUCCUAGUCGAGUUACACAAAUACCAGGACCGUCAGACAGGACCCAACGACCUCGAGACUCUGCAACAGGGGUCUGUUCACAGCCAGAUCCGUCAUACUCUCAAGGCUAUUGUUACAGUACUGCAGAGUGUCACGACGACUACGAACGUCAACGGCAGGUCCACCGGCACCACAACGACCAUCAGCAGCAACGGAGCAGCGUCUACUUCACCGGCCGAUGACAGGAAAAAGACUGCAGUUCCUCUCGACGACCGGGGGAAAGGAAAGAUUCUCGAUAACUUUCUUGCACCCAUCCUUAUCGGCACCGUACCUCUAGGACCACGCGUGGACUCGACAGAUGUCCAACUCAUGUGUGCCAAGAUCUUGAGCUUUUGCACCAACCCCCUAACCACCAACCCGCCCUUCCCUCCGCAGGAUUUUUGCAAGCGGAUGAUGUCCGUCUCACCCAGCAAUGGUAGCACCGGACUCGGCAGCCAGCCGCCGUCCAGUUCGAAACAAAGGAGGAGCGGUGGCGCGAAUGUUGUGCUGGCUCUGUCGUCGUUACUCCGAUCGUCCUCGAUCAAGCUACAAGAAUAUGGGCUGCGGAUAUUGACAUCACACAAGCUCAUCGUGCAGGAGAAACUCGCGUGGGAGAUCCUGCCUGCCCUGCGAUCUGUCCUAGAGGAUCUCAGGAAGGAUCUCUCUACGAUUCUGUCGGGUACCAUGUCGGGUUUCCAAGCUGAUCAGGAUAUUGGAGAUGCUUUGGAGAACCCUGGAGUUGGAGCAGGAGCGAGUAACGGUCAAGGAGAUGGUGGUGGCUCUGGCAAGCCGGACGAGUCGUCACUCGUCGGAGUUCGGUCAAGGGGUCUUUUGUUACUACAGUCAUUCUUACAGGAAGCAGGGCAUCAUUCGACAUCAACCAUCGUAUUACAACAUUCUCAUGGGUUGGACAAGCUGAAACUACUCCAAGAGGCUGCCCCGAUGAGCUUGCUGGUCGAGCUCUGGAUAGAACUACAACAAAUCUUCUUUUUCGACAAGGUGGCCCUACCCUCAUGCGACAGGUUGGUCUUGGUCCUCUGCGGAGCAAUUUAUUGGACCUGCUGGAUAUUUCAAGAGAAGGACUCAACCAUGGCGGUGCUGUUGGAGGAAGGGAUGGACACGUUGUUGGCGUGGUACGGUUACUAUAUCACCUCCCAUGACGACGAUUAUCAGGGCCAAGAGUAUGGCGACAAGGACGACAAGGGCCUCCCAGCUGGGCCUUUGACGCAGGACGAUGCUGUCACCAGGAAAGAGGCUGUGCUGAAACACCAGGCUUCUGUUCUAGAGUAUCUAACCAAGCUGAUUGUGAAUCUGGUCUCGAAUAAGAAACGCCAUGCCGCGCUGUACUCUGGAUACCCUCGGCCUGUCGGACUGACUAUUAUGCGGAGGACGAUCGAGUUUUUCAACGACAUACCAACCACCUCGACCCAGUCAGCUGCAACAGGAACCGCCGCUGCCAGCGUAUCAUCAUCACCGCCAUUAACUAGCAACAACGGCGACAGCAACAACUCUGCGGACAAUUCGACUGCUGUAUCGUUGAUCCGACUAAAACCUGGAAUCCUGGAAGCCAUGCUGGGAGUUGUCUUGGGAUGUUUUGGCGCCAACAAGGCCUCUGAGGACCUCAUCGUUUACAGCCGAGUUCCGAACGUCUUGGUGAUGUUGCUUUCUGAACCAGCAACGCGGGAACUCUUUGGGACGCCGUCGAAGGAACUGCCAGAGGCGACAAGCAGGCGGUACCUGCAUCUGGCGUUGAACCUCCUCCCUGGGUUCUUGAAGUAUGACGGCGCGAACGCCUGGAUUGAGAAUGUCAAUUGGAAUGAGUGGACGGUCGGGUACACCGCAUUGGUGGACAGGAUCAUGCGUCCGUUGGAUCAGGAAGCAGAGUCGGCUCGGACCUGGAUCCUGGAGCCGCGCAUGAAUAAGGACGUCGCCAACGACUAUCCUUUCACGCCAGACUUGACCCUGGACGCAGAGAUGGGGUUAAAGGCAUUGAAGGUGUUUGCGUUGUUCUGGAAGUACUAUCCAAAGGGCCGUUGGCUGCUUUCGGAUAUAUUUGGCCCGCGCUUCUUUCAUUUCCGGAUGCUCUACGUCCUUACCGAUUUGAGGGACGAUAGGUUCAUCACUGUUGGCACGGGAGAUGUGAUGGCGGCAGGCGGCUCCAAGUGGAUCCAGGAACGAGCGUUGUUAUUGGUCGAUGCGGCGGUGUACUUGGGGGCCGAGUCGAAUAUCCGAUUCAACAUGCGGGAGCGAUGGAGCGCGUUGCCGUUUCUGGUAGCUCUUCUUGGCGCGAAUGUCAGACGAUUGAACUUGCGUGGAUACAGUAUUCGGGAGACACAUUGCCGGAGGAUUGCUCAGAGAUGUUUCUAUGCGCUAAGGAACUUUUGGCUGGAUCGACAGGGGCUGACGCAGUUGGUGGAUCUUGAUCUGGGAGCACCUGGGGGGGAGGAGGAAAUGAUGUGGUGGAAGUGUAUGCCGUCGACGAUCAAGUCCUUCUCGGCAACUGCGGGCCCUGGUGGCUCAGUCGCGGUAGCAUCGAUUGUCCCGCUGCUUUUGUCGAUCCUGGCCCCUCCAAAGACCGAAUGGUCUAGCGAUCUCUUGCUGGGUGGUAUUGGACAGCGGUCAAAGUGGUGGCAUCCACUCUUCGAGAGGGAAGAGUCGAUCCUGGUGGAGGCAAGUCUUCUUCUGGCCCAGAUCGCGCACCUCCCGACCUGCCAGCAACGUCUAGUGUCGAAACCUGGAGUCAUCUGGAUGCUCGGCCGGAUGAUGGUUGAGCGGUCUCUUGUUGGCUCCAUGCCUGCUUCGAUUCGUCAUCGUCGUCGUCGCGGGAAUAAUAUUGAUCCUGAAGCUACUACUGGCGGCGAUGCCAAUGUGCCACGGGAACUGAUUGAAAAGUCGCUGUUUGAGACAUUGUCCAAGGUCAUGACGUCCGAGGAGUCUGCCAAGGCCGUGGUCUCGAACAACUCUAUUACUGAGCUCUUUGCCGCGAUCUUGGAGAUUGAUCAACCGCUUCGGUUCUACCGCGACAAAACCAUCUUUGAGCUCACAGAACCAGAGAACACUGCUCAGGGACCUGCUGAGGAGAACGAGGGAGAAGAACUCAUGGAGGAAGAACCCACCUCUGCAGCAGCCGCAGAAGAACCACAUGACGAUCAAGAAUCACCACCGAACCCACUCCGCUCACUUGAUCUCAUCCUCCCAACCCAGCGGCACCAGCAACUCCACCAACAACUCCUCCGACACUUCCAAACCGUUAUGCUCCCCCUCCGAGGCCAAUUCGAACGGAUCUAUCAGGUUGAGAAGACGGGCUUGUUGGAGAGCGAGUCGGUUCUGGGCGUUAUUUGUCGUAUGCUGACGCUUGAGAUUGAGAAGCAGCAUCUGGAGCUUGUCGAGACUUAUUCAGAGGUCAUGACCAAAGAGUGGGAAGCUCAUGUCAUCAACCUCGCCGGUUCUUCGACUGAUGCUGCCAGCGCAAAGGAAAAAGAUCCUGCGGUCCCGAUUUCGUUCCUGGUCCAGGACCGCACCAUCAUCUUCCCCGACCGAAAGUGUCUCUCCCGUGCCUCACCCUUCUUCUACACCCUCCUCCUGGGUGAUUUCCGCGAAUCAAACCAGGAACAAAUUGCCCUACAGGAUGUUGAGCCAGAUGAUAUUGAGCUACUGUUGGAGGUCCUGAGAGAGUCACGGAUGACAGUACAUCAUCUCUUGCCGGAGGAUAUGCCGUUUGAGAUGGUGAUCCGGUUGAUGAUCUGUGCGGAUCGGUUUUUGGUUGGAUUUGUGAGGCGGCUGGCGGAAGUUUGGAUCUUGGACGCCUUAGGGAGAUUGGAGGUGAAGUGUUAUGAUCUGCAGCCGACUAGGCGGAGUGAUGUUGGUGGGAAGGAUGGGACUGCGGGGUUGCAGACUACGUUGGUGGAUGGUACCAAGCGAGUGAGGAAUGAUGAUGGUUUGAUGGGAGGAUCUGGUAUAGGGUUGGGAGGAGGCGAGAAGCGACCGCGAUUGGAUCCUAGUGUGGACAUUGAUCUCGUCGACGGGAUCAACCAACACAUCGCAGAGGUCAUCAACCACAAGGACGUGGAUACGCAGAAACAACAACCAUCCAACGCUACCGCUGCUGACGUCGAUGCCAACGACGAUAACGACGAUGACAGUGGAUGCUCUGAAGGGAGGCAAAGUCCCAAAUCGCCCACCAGUACAACCACGGCAGACGGCGAAGAAGAAGCCCUCACGAUUCAGGACUGUCUCCUGAUGGUCUACGAGGCAUGCUCACACCCACACCUGAGGAGCAUCUAUUCAAGCACACACCCGUUUCACAGCCUUGUAUGGGACAUCCUCCGCAGGAUCAUGCUCCGCUUGGGGUCCAUUGCUGUGACGCCUCGUUUCGCGACGAUGCUGACCCAAGGCGGCGAAGAGCGUAUCCAGGAGUUCCUUCAGAUCCUCUAUGAACUCGCUACCGACGAGUCUGACUCUUUUCUAAUUGGAUAA